AUGACCUCGAACUAUCAGUAAUCCGAUGCUACUUGCUACAAGCAAAGCUAAAGGAAAUCUUCCCCACCCUCCCUGCAGCUUUUGGACACUAAUCUAGAACUAUAAAGUGACUAGUUAUACACAUCUGCUCCCCUUACUCCAUAUCUAAAGCCUUAAAGUAAUAAGCAAAACUAAAGGCAAUUAAAUGGCUUCAAACCAUUAAUUCUACCCAAAUCCCACAACAGCUUCGAUAGCUCAUCAGCACCAUCAACAGAAAUGGAUACUUCUACCAACUCAUCAGACACUAUUAGAUCUCCUACCUAAUAGGAGGGUGAUAAUUUUGUUAGUUGGGAGAGUAUUUUAUCAGCUUUGAUACCACAAGAUCUGACAUCAUUUGAGGGUCACAAUAAUAGACAGCAAUCUGAGAUUGAAGUCAUGUUCACUAAUUCGCCUAUUAAAUCCUUCUUAUUUGCUAGAGACAUUGCCCAGGAACAAAGUUAAACUAGCGACCUAUAUAACCAUAACAGACAGAGCGGCUGCUCCUUAUGA